AUGUCACAAACUCACGAAGCCGUUAACCCAAUCCACCCUUCAAUGGUUGACAAGUUGGACCCAGAGUUUGUCAAGCUCUAUGAUAGACAUGUUGCUAAUACACCAAAUAAACCAAUUGACUUGGCUACGUUGAGAGAGAAUUACGAUAAGAUCUACAGUUAUGGUACUGCUUCUUAUCCAACAAUACAGAAUAUCGAAGAGAUUACAUUCGCUUCGUUCGACGGGGCUGAUAUCAAGUUGAGAAUCUAUAGACCUAAUGGUACUAAUUUGAAUGAAAAAUUGCCAGUGCAUAUAGACUUCCAUGGCGGUGGCGGUGGCCUUGGAAGCUUGAACACAGAAGAACAUAUUCUUUGUCAUUACGUGGAGUUAGCAAAAAUAGCCAUAGUCGAUGUUGAUUAUCGAUUGGUUCCUGAUUAUAAAUUUCCGACUUACAUCAAAGACUGUUUUGAAGCAACAAAGUAUGUAUAUGAAAAUUCAGAUAAGUUAGGAUUCAAUAACGAAAGCCUUUCAAUUGGAGGUGUCUCUGUGGGUGGGAAUAUCGCAUUCAUUGUUUCUCAUUUAUGCCGUGAUGCAAAGAUACCUCUAGUACUCUGUUUGGCUGGUACUCCUCAAGUCGAUGACGUUGAGCCAUAUUACCUGACUGCUGAUUCUCCCUACGAGUCUUCAAGAGAAUGUGAGUUUGCCCCUACUCUUAACUGGGCCAGGAUUACCUUUUUCGACAAGUUGAAGUGGCAGCAUUUAUCAAAGGAUCCGGAGAAAAGAAGCGAAGAGUUGAAAGAAAUUGGCUGGUUUAAAUCGGUAAUGAAUGCCCCCGACUUUUCUAAUCUUCCCAAAACCGUGGUGGCGACCGCAGGCUGUGAUCCCAUGAGAGACGAAGGUGAAGCCUAUGCUUGCAAACUAAUUCAAAACGGCAAUGAAGUGGUUUUUAAAAGGUAUCCUGGUGUUCCUCAUCCAUUUAUGCAUAUGGACGCAAGCUUACUGAAGGCUUCCGACUACAUUAGAUAUACAGCUCACCAGCUUGUAUUGGCCCAUAAAACUAAAUAGGUCUCUAUUGACUUACAGUGCGAUUUUUUUUUUUUGCAGUCAAAAAUGCC